CAUCCCAAGAGGUUACAAGUCCCCAUACCCAUACGUCAAGGCGCAUCUUAGCACAGCCGGGUUGACCAGACGACCCCGAAUCGAGUUGACAUACAACAAAUCCACUUGAGCUUCGUCGAGCCUCGUCCGAUAUCACAGACCUUACGCCAUCUACCUGGGUUGGGUUAACAUUCCAACUUCCCUCGACUUGACAUAUACGCCAAGAAAGACCCCUAUAUCUCUAGGGACCCUAUCCUUACCUGUCGCCCAGCAUGGCACAGUCAAAGGUUAUCAUCUACGUGUUGCGUAGGGAGCUUCGCUUGUCAGACAACCCCAUCUUCCACCACCUCGCCAACCCAGAGUCCAACCACGGUUUUUCACACCUCCUUCCUGUGUACGUCUUUCCUGCACAGCAGAUUGACCUCUCCGGCUUCGUUCCAGAAGAAAGUGAAAACCCACAUCCUGCUCCCAAAAGCGCUGUUGGGGGGUAUGCAAGAUGCGGACCAUACCGUGCCAAGUUCCUGGCCGAGUCGGUUUGGGAUCUCAAGACCUCCCUUCAAACAAAUGGCAGUGACCUCCUCGUCCGCGUCGGAGCAUACAAAGAUGUUGUAAAGUCGUUGGUCGAAGGGCUCAAGGCGAAAGAUUGCCAAAUUGGAGCUGUAUGGAUGACAAGCCACGAAGGCUCGGAGGAGAAGAGUGACGAGAAGGCUGUGGCAUCUUUUUGUGCAAACAGUGGCAUAGACUUCAAGCUAUGGGAUGACGAGAAAUACUUUAUCUACGAUCGAGAUACAGGAAUCACAGACCUCAACGAUCUCCCCGAUGUCUUCACCACAUACCGAAAACACAUAGAGCCCUUGCGCGAGAAGGCAAGGAAGACACUGCCAGUGCCUGAAAAGGGGGCCUUGCCUGCAUAUCCCGACACAGACAUGAUUCCAAGUCAGCAACCACCGUUCAAGAUCCCAGAUACUUGCGAGGAAUUGGUGGAUGCCGUCGUCAGACCGGUCAAGAACUUCCUGAAGAAUCUUCCAGACUUUCCGGAAAAGGCAGAAUCAUCCCACCCAUUCAGAGGCGGAGAGACAUUGGCUCAUAAGCGAAUCGACCAUCUCGUCAUGAGUGGAGGCAUGAAAAGUUACAAGGACACCAGGAAUGGCCUCCUUGGACCAGAGUUCAGUACCAAGCUGUCUGCGUACCUCGCACAGGGAUGCGUCACCGCUCGCCAGAUCCACCACGCAUUGGUCGCCUACGAGGAUGGAACAGAUGCCAAGUACCAAGGAGCCGAUGGUUUUGGCGAAGGGGAUAACCACGGUACGGAGACCGUCAGAAUAGAACUCUUAUGGCGCGAUUACAUGAGGUUGUGUCACCAGAAGUAUGGUGACAAGCUCUUCCGCAUGGAGGGCUUCAAUGGCAAGCAUACCGAUUACGAGGGCGAGGAUAAGAAGCAUGGCUGGAAAACUGCCAAUACGAGCAUAGCGUUGCCUGGACAGGAGCCUACCCCUGAGAAGGUUUCGGAGAUCCUUGCAAGGUUUAACGCCGGAACAACAGGCAUGGGACUCAUUGAUGCGUCGCAACGGGAGCUUCUACACACCGGUUACACAUCCAACCGGGCGCGGCAAAACGUUGCUAGCUUUCUUGCCAAGCACCUGGAGAUUGAUUGGAGAUAUGGCGCAGAGUGGUACGAGAUGUUGCUCGUGGACUACGAUGUGUCCUCCAACUGGGCCAACUGGCAAUAUGUGGCCGGUGUGGGCAACGACCCUCGCGGUGCGGCUCGGAUUUUCAACCCUGUCAAGCAGGCAUUUGACUACGAUAAGGAUGGUGCCUACGUUCGGGCGUGGGUUCCCGAGGUCGCAAACUUUGAGAACCUCGAGAAUGUUUUCCAGGCUUGGACAGCCUCCAAAGAGGACCUGAAGACGGCAGGCCUGGAGGAUAACAUCAUGGUUACGGAUCCGGUUAAGCCUAUAAAGUUUAACCUUGACCACAAGCCAUCCAAGGUCAAGAAACGGCCCUUCUUCAGAAAAAGAGGCCCCAAGAACCGAGAUGCGCAGGGUAGCGCUGAAGGCCCGGGUAGUAGCGAUGGCCAUUCUCGCUCUGGCGGCAGUCCCGACGGCUCCGGUGGCAGCAACGGACCAUCCGAAUCUAAUUGCGCCGCCCCAGGGACUGACCAGGCGCAACAGACUUCUCAGGGUAGCAGCAGGUCACAGUCAUCAAGCAACCAUGGUGGGCGCUCGCACUCACACCACCACAACCACCACAACCACCAUUACUCCCACCGCGGCAACGAUUACUUCCGAGGCGGCGGUGGGCGUGGAGGUCGCGGCGGUGGAGGAGGCGGAUAUUCUUCGUCUCAAGGGUAUUACAACAUCGGUGGUGGUGGAGGAGGUUACCGUGGUGGUGGACGGGGCAGAGGCGGAGGAGGAGGAUUCCGUGGCCGGUAUGCUCCAAAUGGGGGACCAGGUGGACAUCAUCACCAUUCCGAGCAACAAGUAGCCUCACAAGUCCAGACUGACGCUUAG